GCCAUAUCGGACUCGUUGACUCGUGAGACUGUGGAGCAGAUCCAGCUGAAGGUGAUGGAUAUCUACGCAGUGGACGAUCGUAUCAAUGCGAUGGCCAACUAUCGCCCGGAAGACGAUUACUAG